AUGCACUCAUCGUUGCUUCUCUUGAUUCCGGGGAUCGUCGCUUACAACGUUCCAUUUCUGAGCGGUGGCGCACAAAUUUCGCAUUCAGGACCAUCAUUUUCAACGGCAGAGGAGCCAGAAGUGGUCCGAAAGAAGCGCGGCUACUAUUUCUCCCCAGUGUACUAUGGCAAUCAGCUGUUAGUGGCAGCUAAUCCACCGAAUCAGUAUCUACAAAAGUGGAUUACCCACGAGCACAAUCGCUACCGAAGAAUGGUGCCCGCUUCGGAUAUGAACAUGCUGUACUGGUCCGACGAACUGGCUGCUUCGGCACAGCGACAUGCGAACACCUGCGAUUUCCGUCACUCCAGAUUCCGAAGGAACGUUGGCGAGAAUAUCUGGGCAGCACCUUACAGCAACUAUUCUGACGCUAUCUCGUUGUGGUUCAAUGAGGUGCAUAAUCCGCUAUGCGCUUGCAAUCACGCCUACAAGCACUGCUGUGGUCACUACGUACAGGUUGUUUGGGCAAAAACGAACUUGGUCGGCUGUGGUUUUGCCAGAUGUCGUGACGUCCAGGGUGUGCUUGGACGUGGUCACCGGAACGUCUUCGUCUGUCACUACAAUCCACAAGGAAACACGGUAUUCGUCACUGGAUCAGGACAGCUUUACGCGGUGCCAGCAUUCACGUGGGCUACCGGGAAUAAGGGCCGUUGUUCGGAUUGCCCGCCGUCUGCACCGGCCUGCUUCCAAGGACUUUGCUACAUGCCAGCCGAACCGAUACAUGCCGACUGA